AUGUUUUAACGAGAAUAAAGAAAUACUACAAGUUCUGGUUAUUAAAGUUCUUCAAAUGCAUAUAUUAUGGCAAUGAGAGCACUUUAGGAAAAAAUAAAAGUAAUGGAAACUUAAAAGUUUGAUUUUUAACCUUCUAAUAAUAUGAAAGUUAAAGAAGAUGAAACAUUGUCAUAGCAAAUACAAGAAUUGAGAAAUUAAAAUGAAACAUUAUCUAUGUAACUAUAAAGACAAUAAAAUGAUAAAGAAAAUAUUAAUAAUUAUAUAUUAUAAAUUGAAGCUUUAUAAUAGGAGAGAUAUACAUAAUUGAAAGAAUAUCAAGAUAGGGUAGGAGAUCUAAUUAAAAAGAUAGAAGAUGGUAAGAAGGAGAGAUAAGAAAUGUAAAGUUAAAUUGAUUAAUUGUAAAAGUAAUUAGAAUAUUAUAAAAUAAAUGAGAGAGGAAUGAUGUAGAAGGUGGAUUAACAAAAAUUAGAGGAGAACUAAAAAUAGAUAGAAUAAGUAUUAGAUUUGAAGCAGAGAUUGGAAUAAGGAUAAUAAUAUGUAAAAAAGCUAGAAAAGAGAUAUGAAAAAUUAUAAAUUGAGAAAAAUUAAUUAGAAUCAAAUUAUUUAGAUUAUAAAGACCGAUGUCCAUUGUUGAAAUUAUAAGAAUAUGAAAAAUAAAUAUAAACAUAUAGAGGUUAAUUGGAAGAGAAAGAAAGAGCAUUUUUAAGAAUGAUGGAAGAGAUAUCAAAUUAACGUUAAUAGACAGAGGAUUAAUUGACUAGAAGAAUAUAGGAAUUAUUAAAUAAGAGUAAUCAAUUUUAAUCUAUAAUACAUAAAUUAACAAUUGAACUAAAAGAAGUAAGCUUAAAGUACUAGUAAUUAUAAUUAAGAUUGGAAUAUGAGGAAAAAAAUAAUAGAUAAAAUAGAAAUAAGUUAAGAAAUGUAUCUUAUUCUGAAGAUUAAGAUCAUUAUAUGGCAAUAAAUAAAUUAUAAUAAAAUUAGUAGAAUAAUUAUAAUAUGAAAAGUUCAAAUUUGAAUUUUGAAUAUUUUUAACCUUAAUAUUCUUCUCCUAGAUUUGAAUAAAAUUUAGUGAAAUAAAAUGUUUUAAAACAAGCAAUAAAAGAUUAUUUGGAUGAUAUAAAAUAAGGAACUCCUUAUAAACUUGAUAUACAUAACUUAAGUCAAGGAGAUUAAAGUGUAUAAUGGUAGUAAUCAAAAAAGAAAUUAUUGUCAACUCCUAUGUCAGCAAGAAAUAAUGAAACAGAAUAAUAAUUAAAAUUAUUGAAUGAUAGAUAUGAGUAGUUAAUUAGAUAAGCUUAAAUGUAAUCAGAUUUUAAGCAAAAAGCUUAAAUUCGAAAAGAAUUAUUAGACAUUGCUGAAUAAAUAAAAGAUUUUAAUAAGAGACAAUGA